ACUCAGCCGGUGGACCAGAUUCGUUACCGCAACCGUACGCGCUUGAAAUACCAUUUUUAUGCCAUCAAUAUCGCCAAGGAGCUGGCACGCCUUGUGGAUGGUACAGGCGGAACGACCGCGGUUUCGGUAUGCGCAAGCAACCCGUUACGCGCAGCAGUACGCCGUGUCGUUCAUCCUAGAACGAGUGGCGAUUUUAGAUUGAUUGACCUGGACCUUGAACCCUCUUGCACGUGGUGGACGGACGAUGACCCUUUCUACCAUGCAACAUCCGAAACGAUUACAGCCUCCGAGCGAGCAGAAUCUUCCAAUACUGGCAGAGUGUUUGAGCCCAGUUGGACGCCGGCCCCCUUGCCUAUUGCACAUACUGUCCCUGAACAGGCGUCUCGUCUCUCAGGAGAAACAUUGGUCGAUAAUAGACGAUCCUGGCAGGGCGAUGAGUCGGCGAUUGGGGCCCGGAGUGCCAAUCACAAAAAGUGGGUUCGGCAGAAAAUCAUCGAAGGCGGCUUCUAG